AAGUUGGUUACCUUUCAGUGGAGCAAGCCCUUGCAGACUAUGCUGUCCUAUUGACUGAUCUUAAGAUUCAGUUUAAGGCCACAGAGAUUAUGGUGGAAUACUGAGUGCUUACAUGAGGUUCAAAUAUCCAAACGUAGUUGAUGUUGCCUUAGCAGCCAGUGCUCCAAUUUACAUGACCACUUUCCAGGGUAGUGAAAGAGACUCAUUCUUUGCUGCAGUGACAGAGGACUUUUUAAAUGCUGAUGCUAAUUGUCCAGGUUAUGUUAUUAUGGCUUUUGAAAUGAUUGAGAUGCUGAAAAAUCAAGGAUCAAAAGGACUUGCUGAAAUCUCAAGGAUAUUUAAACUCUGCAAACCACUCAAGUCAACAGAUCAGAUCCCUCACAUGUUACAUUGGAUUCGCAAUUCUUUCACAACCCUAGCCAUGUGUGAUUAUCCUUACCCUACACACCUCCUGGCUCCACUUCCUGGGCAUCCUGUGAACUUGGCAUGUAAAAUGAUGGCAAGUGCAUCAUCCAAGGUUGAAGGUCUGGCUGAGGUCACAGCUUUAGUCUACAAUGGCACUAAUGGUACCCUGACUUGCCUUGAUCCAGAUACAGAGUACAUCAAAUGUGCAGACCCCACUGGGUGUAGCCUGGGUUUAGACAGCCUUGCACAAGACUAUCAGGCUUGUACUGAGCUCACUCUUCCAGCUGGUUCUAACAACAAGACAGACAUGUUUCCACCUCUGCCAUGGACUCCAGAAAUGAUUGCAACAUACUGCAAGAAAAAAUGGGGUGUGGUACCUCAACCUAACUGGGCACCCAUACAGUUCUGGGGAAAAGAUAUAUCUUCAUCUUCUAAUAUUAUUUUCUCCAAUGGUGACCUGGAUCCGUGGAGAACUGGAGGGGUGUUAGAAGAUGUCUCACCAACACUGGUGGCACUUCUGGUCAGAGGUGGAGCUCACCAUCUUGAUCUGAGAGCAUCCAAUCCACUGGACCCUCCUACAGUGACACAAGCACGAGAACGAGAACUGGAACUGAUUCAAAAAUUCUUACAAUAGAGCAGGAUAAUUUUAAUGGACAACAAUAACAGUUUUUGUAUUACUCUAAAUAUUUUUUGUAUGCAUUAAUUCAAUAACAAUCAGACUUGUCUAUCGUUUGAUUUUUUUUAAAUGAUAGAAAAUAGAAAAGGUAUUUUUAAGAAAUGGUUGACAGUUGAGUCACUUUCAGGGUGCAUAACUUCAGAUAAAAUUUUCAUAGCAUAGAACUUACUAAUUAGGAAUUAGAAUUUAAAUAGAGAAUUUUAUAUUAAUUGAUUUCAUGCAAUGGAUGAAAUUCAAAAGCCUUGUACAAGAUUAAUGCUGUUGAUGAAUGUUAAAGAACAAUAAACUGUCUGAAAGGAA